ACCACCAUAAGAAGCAACCAUGCCUAUAGAAGGAGGGAAAUCUGAUAUGGAUAGGAUUGGCCUUUUCAGUGAAAUGGAAUAUAUCACUGUUGGUGAUAAAUAUGUUCCACCAUUUAAUCGACCCUUUAAUGAGGCUGCAAGCAAAAAUAGACAGAUGCUACCUGGGGGAUCCAAACAAAUGUCAGAUCUCCAGCAGGGUUACUUUGAUCCCCAUUUUGUAAGGAUUUUUGAAGGUGAAGGCUACAUAAAUCUGAAUCAAGUGAGACGUCGUCAUAUGAUGGAAGAAGCCAAAAGAAAUCUAGGCAAGCCCUUCCUCCCUAGUAAUGGAGAUAAAAAGCCGUGUGGAUUUGGAAGCUACUAUGGAACCAUAGGUGGCCCAGUACCAUUCUUCAGCGCACAGUUAAAACCCAGAGAAAGGUAUCGAGCACCUGGAAAGAAUUUAUACACAAGCCCAGGAAAGAAAGGAACUGGAUAUGGCUAUGCAAAUGUUACCAUAGGUAAACAGCCUUCACACUCUGCUGAUUUCUACGAUGAACCAAAACUAACUUAUAAGAAAGAGAAUGAAGAACACCAUCAUUUACUUAAAGGAUCACCUUUCAAGUCAAAUUCUUACCCAAGGGAAUAUUUUGACAGUAAUCCUUAUUUUCUCAAUAAACCUUUACCACCAAUUAAAAAAACAGAGAAGCAAGCAUCACUUGUAGCUCCUUUUAAGCCCUCUUCUCCUGGUAAAAAGGCUGGUGGAAUGAAGGCAGGAACAUUUGAGCCUUACCCUUCACAUUCUGUUGACCCUUAUGUGGUUAAGUUGCCAAGAGAGGUUCCUAGCAAAAGUGAUAAGAUUUUUCACCCACCAGGUGGAACAAAAAGCAGACCAAUGAUAAGUAUAAUGACUUUAAACGUCAAAAGGGCACUAAAUACGAAGAACUACAAGACUUCUUCAGUACAGUCCUAUUAACUGGAAGACAAUUAGCUUUC